AUGGAGAAGUACCUGGCAGCGCUGUCUUGGUGUUUGACAUCGAGCUGCUGGAGCUGGUGGCUGGCCUGCCAGAGGGGUACAUGUUCAUAUGGAAUGGCGAGGUAUCCCCAAACCUCUUUGAAGAGAUCGACAAGGAUGGCAACGGAGAAGUCUUCCUGGAAGAGUUCUCAGAGUACAUUCACACCCAGGUGGCCUCUGGCAAAGGGAAACUCGCUCCUGGCUUUGAUGCUGAGAUGAUCGUGAAAAAUAUGUUCACCAACCAGGACCGGAAUGGAGAUGGGAAGGUCACAGCUGAGGAAUUUAAACUCAAAGACCAGGAGGCCAAGCACGAUGAACUCUAAAUCUGACAUGAGCCAGUUGGUGCCAGGGAGUGCGUGACACCAAGCCACCUGUUGUGGCAGAACAUGCAGUGAGGGUGUGAGGGUCUCUAGGAAGACGCAUCAUUAGCAGUGGUAGGUGGGUCGCAAGGUACCUGGUGCGUACAUCAGGGUGGGUGGACGUCCACGGUGAGAACUCAAGGCGGAUAGCAUCUGUGCGGAGUGCUUUAGAUGGAAUGUGUGAAGUGUUGGAAAGGCUGUGCUGCCCACCAUUUCUGAGUCUUCCGGGAAAUUUCGUUAUAAAAGGAAAAAAGCAUUGUGUAAAAGUUAUAACGUCUUGGAGGGAACAGAAGUGUCCAGUUGUCUACCUAAAGAAAUUCAAAUGGUUUUAAUUUGCUGGUGCCUUAAAAAUGUUCUCAACAUGGGCAAGAGAGACCAAGGGCCCCAUGCCCCAGCAAGACUCCCACACAACACCUGCGGCUUUUCUCAGCACUGGUGAUGCCACCCGCCUUCCCCUGUACACAGAUCCCCCCAUUGUCCUCUUCUACUUCAUCACGCCCUACCCCACAGCCAUCCUCCAAUUGUACGUUAAUAGGAGCCUCCUGUAGAAAAACUCAUGGACCCAACAAAAGUUGUUUCAGACAAUGAAUAGAGAAUUUGAGUCUGCCUUUGCCAUGUGGGCUUACCUGCUUGGCUCUUUCUUCUCUCAUCACUGUGUGCCAUAGAGCGCUCUCCCACCCUGAUUCCUGCUGGUUAGAUAGAUACACCUCGGGGGUGGUGACCUUUCUGCUCAGUCAGCAGAGAAUUUCACACUUUGGCAGAGCUGGAAGUGUCUUCCCAACAGACGAAGGUGACAUUCUCCUGCCAUUCAUUUGUGUCCUGGAGAAGGUGGUUUGGGGGACAACUAGGGAUCCUUGUCUGUUGUAGAUAAGCAGUGACUGCCAGCCUGUUCUGCAUCUUGUAGUGUGUCCCCCUUGCUACCCUACGUCCUCUGUUCCCAAGUGGUGUUGGCACUUACCCUGAAAUAAUCGAUGUUUUCCUUUUGAAACGUUUUUGUACUAACUUAAACUGUUUUGUUAUGAUGUAGCCCUAAGAUAGUUCAUGAAAAUGCUGUGCACUCCUUCAAUGGAAAAAAUGUUGGAAUCCUGAUCUUUUCUGACAUAAAAUGUUGAAUUUUAUCAUCUGCUUUGAUGGCAUUUAUUUGAAGAUGGAGCGGAUUCCCCGAGAAUACACCCAAGGCCUUUAACAAAGGCUGGGCAGAACUGCAUUGCAUUUAUUGGAAGGAGAGCAUUGUAUGGGAUCCGGGUGGGAGGUCAGCCAGCAGGCGAUGGGGUCCUGGAGUUAGAGAGAGGUCUGUUUACAGAGGUGUGCACAGGGUUCAGGACACCAAAAGGAUGUUGACAUACCAGUAUCAACAGUGUUGCUCAGCAAUAGGAGGCCACCACACCUGGGCCUGAAGGUCAAGGGGAGGCAGCAGCAGGGCAGAAGAGCUGCUGGGUGGGAGAUUAUGUAGGAAUGUAGCCACCCCCGGAGUCCUGGCUGGCACUGCAAGUCAGGAGUAAGGGACAGAUGCCCCAUCCUCUGUCCUACCCUGACCUGACACUGGCUCCAAUUAGCUGUGCCCCAUCCAAAGCCAGAGGGAAAGGACUGGGGUACUCAGGUUGACCUCUUGGGGUGCAGAGAAAUACAACAGACUGGAUCUGAGAUGGUGGGAACAAAUGGAGGGAAACUGGCACAUGUAUGAAAUAUACAUCCACAUAUAAUUGUUUGUAAAACAAUGUAGAAGCAAGUUUGGGAAAGCCAAGAAGAGGCUCACAGCCUUUGGACCACUGCUGCCCUGGACACCAGUGUUCCUUAGCACUCUUCCACCUGUCACGGCUGCUCAGUUUUUCAUUUCACGGAGUUCCUUAAGUGCAUUAGAUAGGUAAAUAAUAUUUUCCUUUUGAGACAUGGUCUAUGUAGCCUAAGUUGGUCUCAAACUCACAGUCCUGCCUCAACCUCCCAAGUGCUGGGACUACAGGGGUAUACCACCAUGCCUGGAAUAAUCUUGCUUGUUAAAAUGAAUUUCCCUUCAGAAUGUAUUUGACCUAUAGCACUUCAUUAUCUUCACAUGUCCCCAUGAGGAUAAACCAUACGUUUAUUCUCUAUCCUGGAUUUUUAUUUGGCCCCAUUUGAGUGUCUUCACGGGCUCUUUUCUACAGUAGUGGAGACAGGUUGGAAGAAUCAGCAGCAGUUUCUUUGGGGAAAUGAAGACGUGUGGAUCGUAGAACUGAAGGAUCUGAGGGCAUGUUUGGUGUGUUGAGAUGAGUAUCAUCUGAGCCCUUCCAUUCUUCCUGAGGAUAAGGGGGCCAUUCAGUUAUUCGCAGCCAUGUCAGCAGCAUUACUGUCUGGAAGGGCAAGUGGCCUUGGCUGGCCUCUUUAUGCUGCUGAUGCAGCACUUACCUGUGUUUGCAUAUGGUACUUUACAGCUCUGCCACCAAGGCUGAGUACCAAUUAAGGGGCCAAAUACAGGGUGGAGAUGCCAUGCAGCACUUCUUUUAAUCACACCUUACACAUUUCUGUUACUGCUUGAGGCAGCCUUGACCUGCUGGUUGGAACAGCUGUUGAUAGGUGUUGAGUUAACACCACUUGACUUCGGACCUAUACAGUUUGAACUUUGGGUUCUAUAUAUGAAUUAAGUCAUUCAAAGUGAGAUAAUAUUUUAGAGGUUCCAAGUGAUACUACUCUCUAGGCAAUUUGCAAAUGAAAAUAGUUUGCACUCUUUAGGUAAGACCAUUGAGUUUUGAUCUCAGAUUAGUUGGUAAUUUACGUCUUUUGUUUUUCUUUUAAAAGAAGUAAGAUUUCAUUAGUUGUCCUGACAGCAAGACUGUAGACCGAAGCAAUGGUCUCUGCAUCAUCCCUUAGUUUAACACACUUUAGUAGAAAGGAGAUUGAAAUCCAUGUACUCCAACUCUCAUUCUUAAUGACUUCAGUCCAUUUCUUAAUGGCUACACUAAACUGCUUUGAAAAACUGAACUUGAGACAGACACGGGUAGCCCAAGCCUGUAAUCCUAGCUACUCAGCAGGCAGAGUUCAGGAGUAUCAAGGUUUGAAAGCAGCCUCAGGCAAACAGUUUAAAGACCUGUCACAAGAAUCAUUUGGAGCGGCUCAAAUGAUUAAGAGCACAAGAGCGCCUGCUUAGCAAGUGUUAGGCCCUGAGUUCAAAUCCCAAUGCCUUGAGAAAAAAAAAAAGCUGAAUUCGAACAUAAAUAAUCUAAAUGUCAGGACCAUCAUGUGGAAGUGAGAUACAAUAGGGUAAGAACCAUCCAGUAGAAGAGCACGAGAAGGGGUCGUAGAGAAUAUAUGUUCCCAGGCUUUUGCUUUACAGGUGUGUGAACCUGACUUAAGCAGGACUGAGCCGUGGUUAGAAUGCAGGUCUUAGGCUGAGGUGGUGAUGGCAUAUUGGUAGAGCGUGCGUCUGGCAUGUGCAAAGCCCUGGAUUUGAUCCCCAGCACAAGGAAAAAAAAAAAAAA